CUUUCUGCUGAGCGGAGAGCUGUAGCUCCGUGGUCUGAGCUCCUGUGAGGAAGUCAGAGAGAGGUUCCCCAGUAAAACUGAGUGUGAUAGGAGGAGCUGAGGUCAGAGAGCAUCCCAGGUCACUGAGUGUCUAAGGUCAGCUGACGGAGGAGGAGAUGGCAGGAUGGGAGCCAGCUCUAGCUCUAGAAGAGAAUCCAAGAGGCUCAGAGCCCUCAGUCACAAGCAGUCUCUGCAGAUGAGGACGGUUGCGGAGGAACAACAACGGACCAAGAAGGGCAGCGACUUUCUCCAAAACGUCGGUGUGACUGAAGGGAAAUUAUCAACAUGGAGAACACCUGGGACAGACUAGAAGCGAAAGACAAAGUUUCUGAAAACCUACAGCCUGGUGCCCUUCACAAGACGGACUUUAAAACAUGGGAGGGAUUGGAGCAGGAGUUUAAGCACAGCCAGGACCCACCAAGCAAUCAGGAUGAGCAAGAAGUCACACUUGCCUGUGAAGAUCCUCAAGGGUCACUGUUGCAGUGUUUGGAGAAGAGCUCCCCUGCAUCGACCCCAGAGAGCUCGGUCUUCAAGCUGAGCUGCUGGAACACCAAGAUGGGUGUAGAAAUGAAGGAACUUGCAGCGGACCAUGUCGACUGGCUGGAGAGGAUCAAUGGCAUCAUACAAAAGAUAAACAGCACAGAAAGCACAGUGAAGAGCCUGCUAAAUGAAGUGAUAUCCCUGGAAAACCAGUCUGAAUAUCUGGAGGACCCUGAUCAGGAAGCAAACAUUGAGGAGAAGAUCAUAGAAAUUAGAAAGCAGUUAAAAGAAGUGAACAUCAAACUGGCCCAGGUUGACGCUUGCAACGAAGCCCGCGAGUUAAAGGAGAAACUAAUUGAACGGAUAGAGAGCUUUUAUAAGGAAAUGAACAUCCUGAACACUAAGCUGGAGGUGUACCACAUGCAGAGAAGGGAGACAGACUCCCAAAGCUCUGAAGACUUGGAUACGGAGCAAUCAGAGACCCUGCUUCCUGAGGCUUCUCCGACCCCUUCAGGGCCACAGUCUGCUCCCUACAGUGCGGUGUGGAAGCAGGCUCUGAAGCUCUUCGUCAUGGUCUAUGUGGUCACCAUCACUGGCCUGUCGUGUUACAUACUGUUCGUGGACGCCACAUUUCUCUUCGAAAGGGUGCUGCCCAGUGUGCUGGGACACCGCACCAUGUGGGAGCUCCGGGAGAUGAUGGCACCUUUCCUGAAUUUGGAAGCGGAGGCCUUGUUACCAUCCUAAAGACCCGAAGUUACUGAUGCCGGCUCUCUUCCUCUCCAAUAAAUUUUACAUGUUCUUA